AUGCCAAAACGCCGACGAACUGCAAGUCCACAAACCCAAAAUCACCUUCCAGAUCACAUUAAGAUCAAAAUUGAAAAGGAUUGCGAGGAGGAGGAAUCGCUUGUCAUUCAGAACUUCCAACUAGCAUCAAGCUUCGAUGAAGCAAACAAAAUAAAGAAGGAAGUUGAAAUUAGUUAUGAAUUGGCUGUUGAGGACAAUGAAGAGAGGAUACAGCAGGAUAUUGAAGACGGUCCAACAUCGGACGAUGAAAUUGAAUCCAGUUCCGGUAAAACAGAAGAUUCAAAUCAAAGAACAACUGCUAAAAUGACAGAAAGUGAAGUUCAAGUCAAGUUGGAGCCUGAUGACUAUUCAGACAGUCGUGAGCAGCAACAUGAACAACAAACUGAGUCAUGCCAAGACAAAUCAAGCAACUCUGAAGCCAUUAAAGAAGAAUUCAUGAUAAUCAAGGAGGAAAUUGAAGAUUUUGGAGUUGAUUUUGUUAAAAUUGAAGUAAAAAUCACCAAAGUUGACAUGGCAAUCGCUGAGCCUUAUGCAAAGAAGUUUAAACUAGAUCAGGCAAAAGCCACAAGCAGAAAGUCGACAAGUGGAAGGAAGACAGUGUCAAAGGUUAGCGAGGAAGCCUCAAAAUCCAACAAUUCUCUUAAAAAAGAUGAAAAAGGAAGCAAAAAGACGAAAAGUUCAGUAAAAAGUGCCUCAAAAUUCAACAAAAUUGGUGUUAUUGAAGACAAUCUAAGUCGAAAUGAGUCUGAAGAUUCCAAUGAUUCUGAUCAGUUCCACAACGAUGAAAUAUCUGCAACAAAUCAUGAUUCCGACUCAAAUUCAUCACAACCUGUUCAUAAAAGUAAAAAAUCAAUGAACGUUUCAACAAAUUUGAAGAAAAUUGAUCCAAAAAAAGAUAAAAAAGGUUCAAAACCAACAAAAUCUUCAAAGCCAGCCAAAUCACUGCCACAAUCAACCUCAAAAUCCAGAAAAAUUGACAACUCAGAUUCAAAUUCGACAACGAGUAUCAAAAAUUCUGAUAAAACUGAGUGCAAGAACUCUAAAGUUGACAACAACCAGCAAAAGGAUGGAAAAUACUUCAAGAUAUUUGACCAAUGCAAGCCACAAGGUCAGAAGGAUGCUAAUUCCACUUCUGAUACUCAAAAUCUUGAAGGAAAAACAAAAAAAUCAAACAAAACAUCAGAAUCUACAUCAACAAGAACUAAACCUAAUAAAUCAACUCGAGAAUCUCGCAGCUCACUGUCCAAAGCUUCAAAGUCUGAAAAUCACAGUACCAAAGUCGAUCCUAAGCAUUCCAAGAAUUCAAACACAUCAAUCGACAACAACGAAGACAAUUCCAACGAGCUUUACUCAAGAUUGAGCAUUGAAGACACCAAAGAUCCAAGACUAGCAGCCCUGUUCACCAAAAUCUCUGUCAAAAAGGAACAAGGAACAGAAUUAACCUCAAAAUCAUCUCAAAAUGCAGACAUCAAAAAAUUACAUGAAAUGCACUUGGAUGCACUAGGUCUUGGAACUGAUAUGCCUAAUACCUCAUCAGCAGAUGUCAACUUCCCAUCAACCUCCAAGAAUGUCUCAAACUCAACCCCAAAAAAGGAGUUUCAAUGCAAACUGUGUCCAAAGUCAUUCGACAAAAGACUCAGCUUAAUUAAUCAUCAAGCAGCACACACUUCAUAUGACUAUCCGUGCCUUAAAUGUGGACUCAAGUUCAAAACAAGUAGAGCCUUUAAGAACCACGAAUGUCCAAUUUGCCAAUAUUGUGGUAAAAAGUUCAAAAAUAAGCCAAAGUUGAUUAGACAUGUGACUUAUGUCCACUCAGAAAAGUCAAAUUUGGAGCUGUUUACUUGUGACAUUUGUGGAAAGGCACUAAAGUACAAAGUGUCAAUUUACAGGCACAUGACUGAGCAUUUGGAAGUGACGAAAAAUUUGAGAUUUAAAUGUGAAAUUUGUAAUAAGAGUUUCAUGAAGCGCAUGGGUCUGCAGAACCAUCAGAUCCUGCAUGUUUUUGCGACACUUUCGUGCGACAAAUGUGGAAUGAAGUUUAAGAAGCAGAAGCCAUAUGAUCAGCAUAAAUGCUUGACUUGUACUCAUUGUCCGAAGAAUUUCUCAUCAAAAACAAAACUUAAUGACCACAUCCGGAACAUGCACACAGAUUUGUCAGAAUUAAGCCUGUUCAUCUGUGACUUUUGUGGUAAAAGCUUCAAAUAUCGUCCAUCAAUUGUCAGACAUGUCCUCGAUCAUCGUAAGGAAGCCAAAUACAAAUGUGAAGUUUGUGGGAAGAAAUGGAAGUCAGAUAUUGCAUUGAGGGAUCACAUCCGAAUGUGUCAUGCUGCUGAGCUUAUUACCUGCAAGAUUUGCUUAAAGCAAAUGAAGCCACAGUGCAUUUAUCAGCACAUGAGGUAUGUCCACUCAGAAGUUAGAGAUUUCAAGUGUAAAAUUUGUGACGCAGCAUUUAAAACUAAGGAAAAGCUGAAAAGACAUUUGGACACGCACAACAGAAAGUUCAACUGCGAUCAAUGCGACAGAAAGUUCUCAUCACAAUACGAACUGACUGAGCAUCUCAAAUGGCAUGAAGAUCCAGAAAUUUUCAAAUGUAGCAUCUGCAAAAAAUCAUUUUCAACUCGAACAAGCUUAACGACACACAGCAAGCUACAUAAAGGCAUUGUCAGGGAUCUCAAAUGUCCACACUGUCCAUUCAUAACGCAUCGAAAGGAAAGCAUCAAGUAUCACUUGACGACUCACGAGAAACGCGAUAAAAAAUUGGAAAUGAAGAAAAAUUGGCUGAAAUGUGAGAAAUGUGGAGCACUGCUGAAGAACAAGGCAUCACUUUGGGGACAUCACAGGAAAGUACAUCCAACUGAGAGAUUUACAUGCGAUUUUUGUGGAAUUGUUGUUAAGACAAAGCACAGUCUGAAGCAUCAUAUUGAUAAUAAGCAUGCUGGGAAUUAA